AAGCCAAAGAUGUUGACCAGAAAGAUUAAGCUUUGGGACAUCAAUGCCCACAUCACCUGCCGCCUGUGCAGUGGGUACCUCAUCGACGCCACCACCGUCACCGAGUGCUUGCACACCUUCUGUCGGAGUUGCCUGGUGAAGUAUUUGGAGGAGAACAACACGUGCCCGACGUGCAGAAUUGUCAUUCACCAGAGCCAUCCCCUGCAGUACAUCGGUCAUGACAGGACCAUGCAGGACAUUGUUUACAAACUGGUCCCCGGCCUCCAAGAAGCCGAGAUGAGAAAGCAGAGGGAGUUCUACCACAAACUAGGCAUGGAGGUGCCAGGAGACAUCAAGGGAGAGACGUGUUCUGCAAAACAACACUUAGAUUCCCAUCGGAAUGGUGAAACCAAAGCAGACGACAGUUCCAACAAAGAGACGGCCGAAGAGAAGCAGGAAGAGGACAAUGACUACCACAGGAGUGACGAGCAGGUAAGCAUCUGUCUGGAAUGUAACAGCAGCAAACUCCGCGGGUUAAAACGGAAAUGGAUCCGCUGCUCGGCCCAAGCAACAGUCUUACACCUUAAGAAGUUCAUCGCCAAAAAACUUAACCUUUCAUCUUUCAAUGAGCUGGAUAUAUUAUGCAAUGAAGAGAUCCUCGGGAAGGACCACACACUCAAAUUUGUAGUUGUCACUAGAUGGAGAUUCAAGAAAGCCCCGCUACUGCUGCACUACAGACCCAAGAUGGACCUGCUGUGA